UCUCACCCCAGAUUUUCAACCAUACGGAGUACCAUCGCAUCUAUUCUGCGCCUCAAUCAUCAUUUGGUCAUUGUCAUUUCCACAUCCCUUAUGCGCCUGGCUCAACUUUCGGCAUUGGACUGGUGAUGGAGACGAACAACGUUGAUAAUGAAGCCUUCCGGAGACUUCAUCGUGACGCGUGAUCAUGGCGCCGCAAUUCUUAUUCGUCAACAAGGAUGCCGACAGUGCGUCCUUGACGCGCAGUAAUGCAUCCGAACAAUCCUCCAUCAACUCUCACGUCCAACGUGGUCGCCGACACAAACGUUCCGGUCUCAGUAAAGGCCGCUCGGGAAUUCAAGGCAGGCGUAACGCUAAAUCAAGCAAGACUGCCGAUACCAGCGACGAUCUUCAGCCCGGCCCAAGCACCACGAAACCGACCUCUUCAGUAUCACCUUCAAACGCUGAAGAUGAGUCUGCUGAAAGCGGGGUGACAGCCCCGAAACCGCUCCCUGCUCGACCCAGCCCGAAAUCCAAAACUGCUCGUCUUACAGCCUCCAGCAAAGCACGUCCGAAGGUGCAUUUCAACAGACGCUCUCGGAGUCUGUCUCCUGGAGCUGUGAAAGCAUCAAAAAUCAACGAGAGAGCGAAACUACUGCUGAACCCUGAUAGCCCUCUGAACUCUCCAAGAGAUAUUAGCCAGCUGACCUCCGAUUCCAUUGAUCCCUUUGGCCUUUCCGUGGUCAAGAUGGACCCUCACAUUGCAGAAUUAUGUCGCUAUUUCUGCGACAAGUUCCACCCCAGCGUCUGGCAUGCGGAGAGCUGGACCCUUAAGGGGCAGUAUACCUAUCAGAGCUCCUCAACGGCCAUUAUACGACGAGCGAUGCAGAAUGAGGUCGAGAUGAAUGCAAUAUUGGCUUGUAUGGCAGCCAGGAUAGAAAAUGUCGAUAUGAUUCCCGGUCAACAAACCGACAGGUUUAUGGGGAACGCUCUGAUGGCGGUCAGACGACGAUUCAGUUCGCUUAGUUCCGCUUCCAAGCAUCAGCUCCUUCUGAUUAUCUUCCAUCUCUACGCGGGAGAAGCGUACCGCCAAAACUGGGAAGCGGCCAGAAUACACAUGCGCGCUGCAAAGUCUUUGUUCGACUCGUGGGGUGGGCUGGCUCAGGUACCGGAUCAGUCCAUCCGAGAAUCAUUUAUUAUUGGCGAUGGAAAUGUGUCCGCAUGUGUCAUGGAACCAUGUGAAUUGCCUUGCGAGUAUGAUCCUGGCGGCUACUUUACGGUGACUCCACCUGAGAUGUUGCUCGUCGCCCCACGAGAUCUCAGCACCAUUGCGCCGGCUUUGCAAGAUGUAUUGACCGACGGCUAUCUGCCAGAUGGGCUGGUUGAGAGCAUUCUUGAGACUGUAGAGUGCGCUUGGGUCUUGCUUCAUGCUCGCACAGGCUCAUCGCCAGAGGCGACAAAGUAUGCUGCGAGAUGGCUUCUUUGGCGCAAUUCAGCAGUCAGGUACCGACUCCUGGCUACUCGGUAUUCUGACGCGGUUCAUGAAGCGAUACGGACUGCGUUGUUCAUAUGGAUCUUGACCGCCAUGGUGGUACCCUUGGGUGUGAUGAGAAUCGCAGGCCUGAAUGCACCCCGGUUGCUCCGCACCCUUAAAGCUGCCGACUUGCCGACCCAACAAUGGAGAGGUCUGUUGGAGGUCAAAAUGUGGAUCCUCGCCCUUGGUGCCAUGAGCGCCGUCGUCGAUAGUGACGAGGAGAAGUGGUAUCUGGACCAGCUGUUCGAAGUUGGUAUGCCUGAGAAUAUUCGACGAUACCGGGAGUUCAACCCGGAUGUCGAGACGGCGGACGUCUUGAAACGAUUUCACGAGCGAUUUUUCUACUAUGAACCUAUUCAGCGGCCCAGGCUGCAGAGGUUGGCUCAGCUUAUUGGUGGUGCUAUUGACUUUAGCUCCAAUUCGGGGUCUCUAGGUACUCCGAGCGAUAGGACUAGCAAGUCUCGAUCUCCGCCUUGAAUGAAUUACUUGUCUAUGGUGGCCUGGAAUCUCCGCGAAAUGGGGCCUGGGAGUGGGGAGGGCGGCAUUUUCCUUCGCGUGUGCGAAGAUCCCAAAGGACACAACCACUUCCCGUGGUAUAGGACGGAUUUUUGCUUUAUAUAUGUGGAGACAGGGGUCGAUUUCAGUGAACGACGCGUCACUGUCAUUUGUCAAUGGUGCACACCACGCAGACACCUACUGCUGUGAGAGAGGAAAGGCACUGAUCGGAGGCAGUCCUACGCGGCACUGAAUCAUGGGAACCCACUGACUCGACGGUCGAAGAAUGUCUCACGACAUGCACACCUAUACUGAAUUCGGUCUUGUCAGAUCUACAGGAACCUCAGAGCUAGGUGAGCGUAUAUGUAUGAUAUUUGAGACCCCAGGAUAUGAUCUGAAAUGUGAACAUCUACUACGUGUGAUGGUGCCUUUCUCGGUUUCUUCGACAAGUGGUAUUUGAGCAACGAUCACCCAAGGCUACGCAGUUCACACUUUCACACCGAAAUUCCCUACGCAGAAAGUGACUUGGUGCAGGACGCGAUUGUCCUCGUCUCGUCCUG